AGGAUACGGAGGCCUCUGAGGACCAGGACCAGGAUGCUGCAGCUGUGCCAGGUGACGGGCGCCCUGUUCAUCAGCAACGGGCGCUCGGCCUGCAGCGAGGAGCUGCUGCGGCGCGAGGCCGUGACGCUCUGCAUCAACGUGUCCCGGCAGCAGCCGUUCCCCCCCGCCGCCGCCGCCGUCUCCAGGCUCCAGAUCCCGGUCUACGACGACCCCCACGAGGACCUGUACGCCCACUUCGACCGCGCCGCCGACGCCAUCCAGAGGGAGGCCAGCCGGGGGGGGCGCAGCGUGGUGUACUGCAAGAACGGGCGCAGCCGCUCCGCCACCGUCUGCAUCGCCUACCUGAUGAAGCACCGCGGCCUGGCGCUCGCCGACGCGCUGCAGAAAGUGAAGACGGCUCGUCACGAGAUCGAUCCGAACCCUGGCUUCCUGUCUCAGCUGCAGAGAUACGAGCAGGAGCUGAGGAACAGACGGAGAGGACAGACAGAGAGACAGACGGAGAGAGAGACGGAGAGAGAGACUGAGAGGACAGACAGAGAGACAGACUGAGAGAGAGACUGAGAGAGAGACUGAGAGGACAGACUGAGAGACAGACUGAGAGAGAGACUGAGAGAGAGACU